AUGUCUUGGGCUUCAAAGAGAGAGACAACCAGAAUCGAGGACCGCGCAUACAGCUUGAUGGGAUUGUUUGGCAUCUACAUGCCAUUGAUCUAUGGAGAGCGAGAAACGGCCUUCGUGCGGCUCCAGGAAGAAAUCAUUAAAGUGUCAAAUGAUCAUACCAUUUUUGCGUGGAGACAGGAUCAUGAAGAGCAUCAUACUGGGUUGUUAGCUUCCUCUCCGGCAGCUUUCGCCGAAUCUUACAAUAUCAUUCAAACCGAACCAUUCAGAGCCACCUCUCUUGGCAGCCCUAUUACGUUUAGCAGCAUGGGUAUUCAUCUAGAACUUCGGUUCAUAGGUAUGGGUCCUCAGGGCCUGGGCUUGGCAAUUCUCCACUGCAAAGACAUACAGGAGGAGAACAAGAUGAUUGCAAUUUAUCUGAAAGAUUGUUACUUGACGAUGGAGCAAUUUCAGAGAGUUGGGCAUGGAAAUUUCCACCAAGUCGAUCUUACAAAGUUCAAUCCAUUCCAGUACCCGGUUAGGAGGAUAUGCGUCGAAGGUGGUCGUAUGACACGCAGGUGGAAGCUUGACAAAAGAAUUCCUGCUUUUCAGAUUCACGUAUACUCUAAUGAUGUGCUCGCACAACUCAUGAACUUUGGAGAUCCAACAGCAAUUUUCAAGGCCGCCGCAUCAGGGGACGAGGAACUUGUAUGGUUGCUCCUGACACGAAGUGAUGUCAACAUAGAAGCAAGAGCUGACAGGUUUGACCCAACCCCCCUGGAAUGUGCCAUUGAGAACGGGAAAUUAGAGCUUGUGAAGACAUUACUGAGGAGAGGGGCUCGAUCUGAUGUGAAGAGUAUGGAGUUUCAGAGCUUACUAUUACUGGCCUUAAGGAAUGGGCAUGAGGCUGUUGUCAAGCUGUUCCUUGACAGGGGCGCGGACAUUGAGCUCAAUGAUGAUCAAAGACAGAAAAUAUUGUUUAUGGCUGGUAGCAGUGGGAACUUGGAAGAUACUGUGAACCUUGUUCUUGAUAGAGGCGCUGAAAUUGAUGCAAAGAAUGUCAACGGCCAGACUCCACUGAUUAUCGCCACUGAGAAUGGCAACGAGAAUAUCGUUAAGCUGCUCCUCGACAGGGGCGCUAAAAUUGAUGCAAAGGGUGACUUUGAUCGGAGUCCACUACAUUUCGCCGCUGAGAAAGCCAACGAGAAUAUAGUAAAGCUGCUCCUCGACAAGGGCGCUGAACUUGAUAUAAAGAAUCUUAGUGAUGAGACUCCACUGUAUCUUGCCGCUGAGAAAGGCAACGAGAAUAUUGUCAAGCUGCUCCUUGAACGGGGACCUAGAAUUGAUACAAAUAGUCUCGUUUGUCAGAGUCCACUACAUCUCGCCGCUUGGAGAGGCAACGAGAAUAUCGUCAAGCUGCUCCUCGACAAGGGCGCUGAACUUGAUGUAAAGAAUUCUAGUGAUCAGAGUCCACUACAUCUUGCCGCUGAGAAAGGCAACGAGAAUAUUGUCAAGCUGCUCCUUGAAAGGGGAGCUAGAAUAGAUACAAAGGGUUUCUUUGGUCGGACUCCACUAAUUCUCGCCGCUGAGAAUGGCAACGAGAAUAUGGUCAAGCUGCUUCUUGAAAGGGGGGCUAGUUUUGAGCUAAGAGAUCACAUGAACCAUUCUGCGUUAAAAUGCGCUGCUAUUAACGGGUCAACGAAUGUUGUCAAAAUACUGCUGAACGCAGGUGCCAAAGUUGACAAAGACAUUUGGGGCAAUACGCCUCUGGAGGCUGUUAAAAUGUUCAGGGGUAGCAAGCCUGAGAUUGUUGAGAUGUUACGCGAAGCUGAGAGGGCUUGUCAGGAGUUACAUCUCACAGAAGAGGAGAGACAAAGUUGA